AUAUAAGAAAGCCUCAAUUUAUCCUCACUCGUGAAACAAGACAAGAUGUUGUUCCCAAAUCAACCUAAGAAAAAAAUUUCCAGCCAUUGGUUUCUUUUCAAUCACCACACUUUUUUUCCAAGUCUAAAGAGCAGCCUAUCUUCAAAGUAUUAAAUGCUCAAAUAGCAAUGAAAAUUCAACGAAUCUCGCAGCAGCAGCAGCAAUGGUUUCCACAAGAUUCCUCUGUUCCCUUUGCUUCAGUUUCAUCUUCUUCUUCUUCAUACCCAUUUCCCACCCCCGCUUGGCAAUCGCUCAGCCAGAUUUUCAAUUUCAUUACUGCUUAAAUGAUGGCAACUACACCACUAACAGUACCUACAAAUCCAACCUCGACCAUCUCCUCUCCACCUUCACCACCAGCCACCAAAUUGACUUCGGCUUCUACAACUUCUCUUACGGCCACCUCCACAAAGCCAAUGCCAUAGGCCUCUGCAGAGGAGACAUAAUGCCAGACGCCUGCCGCAGAUGCCUCAACGACUCCAUAACCCUUCUCACAAGGCUCUGCCCCAACCAGAUUGAGGCCAUUGGAUGGUACGACGACUGUAUGCUCCGCUACUCCGACCGCUCCUUGUUCGGCUUCAUGGAGCCUUCCCCUGCUUUCUACGCCUGGAAUGCCAACAACGCUUCGGACCCCGACCGGUUCACUCAGGUGGCCGCAAUUUUGCUUCAACAACUCACCCCCACGGCUGCCUCGGGUGAUUCUCGCCGAAAGUUCGCCACCGGAAGCACCGCGGUUGCCAAUUUCCCAGUCAUUUACGGGGCUGUGCAGUGCACCCCUGAUUUGUCUGACCAAGAUUGCAGCAACUGCUUGCUUGGUGCUGUUUCACAAAUUGGACUGUGUUGUGGCGGGAGGGAAGGGGGCAGAAUUGGCAGACCCAGUUGUAAUUUUAGAUUUGAGAGGUACAAAUUCUUUCAGGAAGCACCGCCGUCGCUGCCAACGCUGCCUCCUUAUCUGUCUAAUACGCCUGCAAAAGGAAACGCAUCUCGAACAGUCGUCAUCAUAAUUGUGCCUGUUAUUGUGGUUGCUGUUGCAGCUGCUGUAGUGCUAAUAAUCAGCAUCCGCGCCUUCCUAAGGACAAGAAAGUUAAGAAACUAUGCAGCAAAAAAUCUGCCUGGAGACGGAAGUACAAAUGUAGAGUCUUUGCAGUUCGAUUUUGACACCAUUAGAAUCGCAACGGAUGGGUUCUCUGAUGCAAAUCAACUUGGGAAAGGUGGCUUUGGAGCUGUUUAUAAGGGUCGGCUUCCUGAUGGACAAGAUAUAGCUGUGAAACGACUGUUUGAAGGAUCCACUCAAGGAGAUGAUGAAUUUAAGAAUGAAAUCUUGUUGGUGGCUAAGCUUCAGCAUCGGAAUUUAGUUCAACUCUUGGGUUUCUGCUUCAAGAAGAAUGAAAAGCUUCUCAUAUAUGAGCUUGUUGAGAACUCGAGUCUUGAGAAAUUCCUAUUUGAUCCUAUGAAGCGUGAGAGUUUAGAUUGGAAAACUCGGUACAAUAUCAUCAAAGGGAUUGCUCGAGGACUUGUUUACCUUCACGAAGAUUCUCAACUUAAAAUUAUUCAUCGAGACCUCAAAGCUAGUAAUAUUUUGUUAGAUGCAGAGAUGAAUGCUAAAAUUUCUGAUUUUGGUACAGCAAAAUUGUUUGUAUACAACCAAACACAAGGAGAUACAAGAAGAAUCAUUGGAACUUAUGGAUACAUGGCUCCAGAGUAUGUAUUGAAAGGUCAUUUCUCAACCAAGUCAGAUGUCUUUAGUUUUGGUGUUCUAAUUUUGGAGAUUGUGACUGGACAAAAAAAUAGUCGAGCUCAAACUGACAAUGAGAUUGUAGAAGGCCUUGUAAGCUAUGCAUGGAGAAAUUGGCAAAAGGGAACUGCUCUAGAUAUUAUAGAUCCUUGUUUAAAAAAUGGUUCAAUAAUAGAAAUGGCCACAUGCUUUCAUAUUGGACUGCUAUGCGUUCAAGAAAAUUUAGAAGAGAGGCCAACAAUGACUAGUGUAUUUCUUAUGCUUAACAGCGGCUCCAUCACACUUCCAAGGCCUUCUCAACCUGCUUUCUUCAUCAAUAGUACUUACUCUCAAAAGUCUGGGCAAUUCGAGCACAACUCAACUCAAAAUUCCAAUGACAUGUCAAUUACUGAACUUUAUCCUCGUUAGUUUUAAUUUAUAUAUGCAGACUUGGAAUUGAUGUAAAAA